UCUAAAAUGGAUGCGCCCACGUCGGCGGAUAUGACGGAUCUUGCACGGUUCUAACUUCUAUAAAUUACCGAAGAUUUAUCGUCAUUCAUAUUUAUUAAUCAAGCAAACGCUGACCAUCAUCUCGUAUAUCUAACAACAAUGGACCAAAGAAAUUUGGAUAACAUCAUUUUUAGUCACGGACAGUCGAUAAAUAGAGAUGGAACAUCCCCAGCUUUUCCCAGACUGGAGGGAGAUGGGAAAGAAAAUGCCACCAGCUCCAGUGAACCCGCUGGAAUAGCAACAGCGACUCCCCGCCUCACUCGUCCAGCCUUCUUUGACGGUAAAAAUCGCAACUCCACUGAUGUGGCCCUUGUGGAACGGAAUCGUCAGCGAGAUGUCAGGCCCCAAAGCCCAUCACCUCUCGGGGGCACUUCAGUCUUUGCAAACGGACGGCAGGAUGUCUGCGCCAAGCUGGAAGAAGCCAUCAAAGAAAAUGAGAAGUUGAAGGAACAACUGUCAAAGUUGGAGGUCGAGAUGAGAGGGUUAAAGGAUGAGAAAGCAGAGAUGGUGUCCGAAGCAGCCGUUCAAAAUCAGGUCAAUAAAGACCUGAAAAAGCUUCUAGUUGCGUCAAUGGGGGCGGACCUACAGGCCCAGUUGGAGCACCUGUCCACUGAGCGCGCUCAGCUCGGCCAAGACCUGGAGAACACAAUCGCGACGCUAGCGGAGGAACGCGAAACGCUGGAGAGAGUCAACAUCCAGUGUGAUGUGUGGAGGAGUAAAUUCCUAGGCAGCAGACUGCAGGUGGAUGAAGCUGUUUCCUCACGCACCCGUCUGGACAUGGUCCUCCAAGAAGCCUGCUUUGCUCUCCGUAAGAUCCUGGAGGAACGAGACGAAAUCAGAUCGCACAUGAUGCACACCCAAAGGUUGCUCCACUACCUCUCCAAUGCCUUGCAGCGAUCUCACAGUCUCUCAGAAGAAGCCAAGACAUCAAGUAACGUCCUCACCUUGGCCUUACUCAACGAACAGGUGUCCUCCAUGAUCUCCAAGCACCUGCUGGGGGACGUGGGCCACUCGCAGCCCAAGACCACCUCACAGUUUGACUUUGUGGAGUGGACAUCCGCAGAGAUGCUUGCAAAAGAUAUUCUGUUAAACCGAGAACCAGCCCUGAAGCUUGAGCGAAUGCACACGUUACCAUCGUCAGCAUCAACCACAUAUAUACCCCCAUCAUCGCCAUCAUUGCCAGCAGCAUCAGGACCUGUAGCAAAGACUAACGUAGCACAGCGCUUCCAUCCACAGACCAAGUAUGAAAACCUGACCAUCAACUGCUGCAAAUACUGCACCGGAGACAUCAAACUUGUCUAACUUGCCAGUUUGGCCGUUCUUGUCUCUUGCCUUGAUGAAUACUGCACCAACACCCCUUCUCAGGGGUAACACGGGCAGGGUAUACAUAUCCUUCCUGCCAGAAACACCGGGGCGAACCCCUUCUCUUAGCAAUAAGCGUUACUGGGUUCUUUUAGGUGCGUUAGGCCUUAUACAACACAUGGGACCUACGGCUUUGCGUGCAGGAGCCCAAUGGCACAUCUGUUUGUAAUAGAACUUCGAAGGGGUACACAUGUAUCGCUCACUCACUCACUCAGCCGUAAAGACAGCGUUGGUCCGUCGCGCUGACCUCCUGUGCCCACGUUGAACAGCUUGCCUCGUGUGUAUUAAGUCUUGUGUAAGUUAAUAAUAGCAGAGCUCUACCAUUUCUUAUUCCCGCAAGGUCCUCCAGGACCUGGUGGAUUCUGAAGGAUCUAAGAUGGCAAGGCUUGAGACAAUUUUA